ACUUCAUAUUAUCUUUAUCAUGAAUCGCCUUGCAGAGUCUCAACACGAUAGCUCACUUGAUGAUAGCUUAUUGACGGCUCUUGUAUCGGGCACUUCAACUGCAGCUUUGACAGGAUCACUUUUGUACCCUUUAGAUUUCAUCAAAACCCAAACUCAAUUGAACAAUGCUAAGGUUGCGGCCAAAUACAAAAUCCCAUCCAAUUCUCCAACUUCUUUAUCCCAUUUGUUCAAAGGAUGCAGUGCCUUUGUGAUCGGAAGCAUGGUGAAGAAUUCAGCCAGAAUAUUUCUGUAUCAUUGGCUGUCCAACUUUAUGUCGCUUGAAACUACGGAUUCCCAUGGCAAUCAUAUCAAAAAGACAACUGCUCCUCGAAUCGUGAUUGCUGGGAUCAUGAGUGGGUUCAUUGAAACUAUAUGUAUCAUACCAUUUGAGAAUAUUAAGAUUACAAUGAUUCAAAACAUGCUGCUAUACAACGAAAUUACCAAGGUCAAAGAAAUCGGUUCUAAUGUGGAUGUCACAGGAUACUCUAUUCCGGGGAAGCACCAUAAACCACCGCAGAACAUCUUCAACAAGCAGUACAUAUCGCCACACGCGUACUUUACGUCUGAAGUGCUAGCCAGCUUCAGGGGAGUGAACCCAUCGAAGUUCUCAUCGACUCAUCUAGUGAAACACACAAAGAUGGAUGCUUUGAAACACAAGUACAAUAAGAAUCCUUCUUUGACAUUUUGGGGAACGGUACGAGAAAUAUAUUCGAUCAAAGGACCAAAAGGAUUCAUGUAUGGAAGUCUAAUCACCAUUGUCAGACAGACUAUGAUUUCAUCCAUUUGGUUAUCCAGUUACAAUACUACCAAGCAAGUAUUUUUGCCCCAUCAUAAGUCUGGUGAAGGUUGGUUUUCUGAACAGUACACCCUUUAUCAAUAUUUAGGGUUGCAAUUGGUAGCAGCGGCUGUGGUGAUCGUCACUACUCAACCAAUCGAUGUGGUGAAGUCUUAUAUGCAGCUGAAGAAUAGUCACACUGCUUAUAAGGAUUCAUUAAGCACAGCAUACAAAAUUGUUCUUGAACACGGAUUCUCGGGGUUGUACAAAGGAUACUUCCCCAGAGGUAUCAAGGUAGCCGUUGCUGGAAGUAUAAGUGCAUCAUUCUAUGCCUAUUUUGAACAGCUAAUCAGUACAGCUAGUAGCAAGACUGUAUUCAGUAACGACUAAUAUUUAUUCUAAAUACACGGGCAAAAUCAUUUCACCGCUCUUGUGCACGAUGCCAUUGAACUUCUGCACUAGUAAUCCUCCAUUUGUACUGGGUUGACUAAAUGCAACUUGACUUCUCGUGAGCUUAACUCCAUAUACUGAGUUGGUUAGUACUAUUUCCAAUAAUCUACUGGCAAUACCAUAGCGUCUCCACAAAGGAGCCACCCAUAUUCGUGAGACCCCAAGCUUAGCGCUUCGGUUGCAUUGUUUGGGGACUAUAGUUUGGGUUCGAAGUAUCAUCCACCUAGACUGCUUCUCAGGAUCUUCAAUGGCCUCAGUGGUACAUAUUCCAAUUAU